AUUCGUUUACGGAGAUUACUAUCAAAAAUUUAACUAGUAUACGAACCAAUCACAAAUGAGUGGCUUAGAUAAUGAGUUACAAUAACACUUAUAACGUAAUCUAAUAUUAAUAGCGCAUUGAUUAAUCUCUUUUAACAUUUGAACAUGGCGCAACAACCUUUUAGUUUCGGUUCACUUAAUAAUUCUUCCACCGGUUUUGGACGUGGUUUGAAAUUAAAUACGUUAUCUACCGGAGGAUCAGGUUUCAAUAUUGGUAAUACACUAGGAGGCCCAACAGUUAGUAUAGGUUCUACAACUCAAACGACAUCAGAAAUAGAGAAGACGUUAAUUAGACUAGCACAAGGGGGACAACUAGCCGCAAAUAUAACAAAAGCAACAAAAUUCUCAGAUCUUAGUGAAUCAGAUCAAAAGUUAAUUGUUGAUAUAGAGCAAUAUAUACAAAAUCAAAAAUUAAUAAUGUCUAAUAUUGAAUCCACACAUCUACCGGAUUUGAAUGAUUAUGUAAAAGAAGUUGCGAAUGAGUCUCGAACAUUAUUUCAGAAAUUGGCCUCCUUGAUGAAUGAAUUACGGACUACUCAUAGUCAAAUAGACGAGCGAUUGAAAGAUUUAGAGGAUCAAAUUAAGAUGGUAGAUAACGGUAAACGUUUUUACGACGCUGCUUCUCAAGGGCAAAGCGGAAACAUUUUACAAAUUGGAGAUAAUAUAUUCGCAAAAUAUUAUCAUGAUCUUGUAAUUUCUUUUGAAGAACGAUUACGGCAAUAUUCUUCUACGAUCGAUGAAAUAGAACGACACUUUUCUUCGUUGGCUCAAAAUCGCAGUAAUGAUACUGAGAAUAAAGAACUCGCCUCACUUAAUGAGUCUAUGCGUAGUCAACAUCAAAGUUUUAUGGUUAUUACUGGAAAGGUGGCAACGUUACAUGAAGAAAUGGAUAAACUUCGAGAAAAAUAUCUCAGAUUUCGAAGAACCUAUUCUCAUGAUAAUUCUAAUCCAUUUGAAAUACAAAAGGAGCCGAGCAUAGAUAUUGCUCGUGAGACUUCCUUUAAUGAAAGAAAACCGGCACAAGAGUUGGCAAAAAACCUUCCGGUAGUAACAUCAGCUGCUCAACUUAAUCAAUUAAAUCCACCCAGUCAAAUUGAAUUAAUUAGACCAGCCACUCAACCUCUUGUCCAACCGAGUCAACCCAAUUUAUUCGGUCAAUCCAGUCAAACUAGCUUAUUUGGCCAAACUAAUUUAUUUGGUCAAUCCACUAGCCAACCUAGCUUAUUUGGUAGUCAGCAGAGCUUAUUUGGUCAAACCACUAGUCAACCAAAUUUAUUUGGACAAUCUAAUUUUGGCCAACCCGCCAGUCAACCAAGUUUAUUUGGACAAUCUAAUUUUGGUCAAAGCACCAGUCAACCAAGUUUAUUUGGUCAAUCUGGCUUUGGACAGCCCGCCAGUCAACCAAGUUUAUUUGGACAAUCUAAUUUUGGGCAAAGCACCAGUCAACCAAGUUUAUUUGGACAAUCUAAUUUUGGGCAAAGCACCAGUCAACCAAGCUUAUUUGGUCAAUCUGGCUUUGGACAGCCCGCCAGUCAACCAAGCCUAUUUGGUCAAUCUAGCUAUGGUCAAUCUAGCUAUGGUCAAUCCACCAGUUUGUUCGGACAAACUAGUCAACCCAGCAUGUUUGGACAACCAAACCAAUUCGGGCAGUCAACUCAACCCAGUUUAUUUGGACAACCAAGCCAGACCAGCCAAGCAAGUUUAUUCGGUCAACCAGGUCAAUCAAAUGCGUUUGGCCAACCAGGUCAAUCAAAUGCGUUUGGCCAACCAAGUCAAUCAAAUGCGUUUGGCCAACCAAGCCAAUCAAAUGCGUUUGGUCAAACAAGUAAUAAACCCCCGUUUAAUUUUCGACCUACCACAACCACUACUAGCUCGUUUACUUUUCCCAAACGAUGAAAAUAAAAAAAAGGGGGUGAAUUAUGAAGCAAUUUUUAUUAAAUUACAUAGAUUCUUUUAAUAAAGAUUAUAAAAUAACUGAAUAUACAUAGUUAUUUGAGUAAAAAUAUGAGAGAAAUUUUAUUUUUGUUCUUCUGUUGUUGUAUGAAUAAAUAUUUUUUAAAAAUUGAUAAUCAAAUUUUUAUAUGAUGUUUUUUCAGUUAUUAAUUAUAGAGAUAGAAGAUCAUAGAAAAUAUAUUUGAUUUUGAUCGAAUGUAAUAAUGAACCAAAGGCGAAUGAUCGAAAUUAAAAUAAAACCUUGC